AUGGAAAGCCCAUCUGAACCCAGCAAAAAUCACAGUACAAGAAAUGGAAGGCACAGCAAAUCCCACCUGUCGAUGUCGGACACCGAAUCAACCACCAGUCAAGUCGACUCCUUUCACUCCCCACUGCGCUCCGACGAGCCUCCCUUCCCGUCGGAAAACGACGAUCCCGGCGUGAACAACUGCAGGUCGAUCGUCUUGGUCGAUAAUUACAAGUACAACUCCCCCUUGCCGUCGCCGGCCAAGUCCAACCCCACCGCGGCGAAUUCCCCCUUCGCGGGGGGCAAUUUCGGCCGUCCGUGGCCUCCUUCGGAGAAGCUCUCCCCGGAAAAUCCCGAUUCGGGCAGCCGGAGGUCGCAGCACCGGCCGCCUGCGGCGGUGGUCGGAGUGAAUAAGUUGGUGAGGGAGGAGCCGCCGUAUGAGGUGAAGAAGAUGGGACCGUCUGCCAUCGCCGGCGGCGGACUGGAGGAGGGGUAUGGUGCGGGUGGGUGGAGGGAGGAUGAGGUGGGCGGGGAGAGGAGGUCGAGGGCGGCGGUGGCUUCCAUCUUGAGGAGAUCCGGGAGAAAUGCCGCCGUGAAGAAGGUGGCCUUAGGGUUGAGGGCUUUCGAGGUUGUUGCUUGUUUGGUCUCGUUUUCGGUGAUGGCUGCGGAUAGGACUCGAGGUUGGAGUGGCGAUUCGUUUGAUCGAUAUAUCGAGUACCGAUAUUGUGUGGCUGUAAAUGUUAUUGCCUUUGUGUACUCUGGUUUUCAAUCCUUUGAAGUUGCUUACCAUUUGGCCACGGGGAAACUUGUUAUCGUUCAUCAAUUGCGUCACCUUGUUAGUUUCACAAUGGAUCAGAUUCUCGCGUACCUGUUGAUGUCAGCGUCGUCAUCAGCAGCCACGAGGGUUGAUGACUGGAUUUCCAACUGGGGAGGGGACGAGUUUACGUUGAUGGCCAGUGCAUCGAUUGCUAUGUCCUUCCUCGCUUUCGUUGCUUUUGCCUUGAGUUCACUCGUCUCUGGAUACAACCUAUGUAAUUGGGAAUUGACCUGA